AUGACUAAAGAACCUAUGACCAUUUUCAUGAAAAAUUUCAUUUUCUUCUUUGUUUUUGUCACACGUUCGUUAAACUCUGUUUCGUUCUCCACUUCAGAUGCUCAAGUGUAUUUUGCUGAUCAUUGUGCUUCAAUUGCUCCUCGCUACUCAACCCCACAAAGAUAUGCCGGACUUAAUUCCUCUGUUCACCGCCUUACCGGUUUCUACUACAGUGCUGGUGAAACUAACAUUCUUAGUCAGAACUCAAUUGUAUUCCGCUUCCGGAAUGAUGGAGCAGCGGAUGAACAAGGCUUGUUCAUGGUCCAAGGAAGUCUUCGAUUUCCUAGUGACAGUACAUAUAACCUUGUGGGAAACUCUACAAGGAGCUGGCAAUCCACUGACUUAAGAGUUCCAUAUGGACAGCGUCCCAGAAGCUUUAGGCUAGAUGGGGUCUGGUCAGAAUCUUCUGGGGAGCUUUGUAUGGUUGGAUCAGGUUCUAAUUCCUCGGACCAAGGUAAUUUACUGACCUUUCCUGUUGGUCUUAAACUACAUAAACUCAAGAGUUCAAGUAGUCUUACUAGUUUAAUUAGUGGCACCUUAGAGAGCUUGGUAACUUCUAAGAAUGAACCAAAUUAUUUUGGACCAAUCUCUAUAUCAUUGCUUCCUUCCAUGAACUACCAGUACACUUUUGUUUCAAACAAAUCUCAUAACAGCUAUUCGGAUGGAAGUGUUGUUCCCCCAAGUUCUUUAAAAAUAGGGAGAUUUUGCAGGGUAUUCUCAAGAGCAAUACUAUUCCGUGAGUUACAACUGAGAUAUUCAAGCCAUUGUGGUUCUGCAAAGAACUGCUCUCCUCUUGCUGUGUCUGAUUUGCCUCGCGUCAUGUCGUUGAAUAAUAUUGAGUGUUUGGAGGAUAGAAAAACGUUGCGACUUCUGGUAGAUUUUGCAGCCAGUAGCAUCAGUUACCAGAGGCCUUUCAAUCCAACUACAACAUUGGUUGCGGAAGGUUCAUGGGAUGCAAGGAAAAAUCAGCUAAAUGUUGUUGCUUGUCGGUUCGUGCAUGCAAGAAAUUCUUUGAGUCCUAGUCAUGUGGGUGAUUGUUCAACAAGAUUGACCAUGGGAUUUCCUUCAAUAUGGACAAUUGGAAAUUCUAGCUGCAUUGUGGGGAAAAUUUGGAGCAACAAAUCCGCGACAGAGGCAGGUUACUUCAAAAACAUCACAUUUGACAGUGCUCAAAGUGAUUCAUCUGUAUUUCAAGGCCAGAGGUAUGAGUAUACCAAAAUAGACAAAGCAACAAAGUUGUGCCCAAGAAAGAAGACUGAUGCUGAUGACAAGAACAACAUUUAUCCAAAUCCUUUUUCUUAUUACAUGGGAUUGGAUAUUACAGCCAACAGUUCUUCAGGAGAAGUUGGAUGGGGCUAUUCUGUCCCUCUCUCUGUUGAUAACAAAUUCUUCCAACCGUAUUGGUACUCUCUGGAAGAUGGAACUGAAGAAUACCUUGGAGCUCCUGUGAGUGCUCCUGUGAGCGAUAGAAACAACAAUAGCAACAGGUACAACAUCAGCUACAGAAUAAGCAUUAAAGCAGUAGAUGGGGUUAGGUUUCCUAGUGGAGUGUCCCAACUUAAUUCAUUAUAUGAGAUGGGGAUUUUUGCUGAAGGGAUAUAUGAUGGCAGAGAUGGAAGCCUGUGUAUGGUAGGUUGCCGAUACUUGAGCUCAACCAGUCACCAACAGCCAACAUAUGAUUCUGUAGACUGUGAGAUUGUUGUCAAUGUUCAGUUUCCUCCAACAAAUCCAAACAGUACCUAUUCGGGUUUUAUCAAGGGAAGCAUCGAAAGCACACGAGAAAUGUCUGAUCCUCUUCAUUUUGAGGGAUUGGAUUUGACCUCAGCUGCUGUUAACGUGGUCGAAGCAAGCCAAUCCAUUUGGAGAAUGGAUGUGGAGAUCAUAUUGGUUGUUAUAUCCAACACACUCGCUUGUGUUUUUGGGGCAUUACAACUCUUUCAUGUGAAACGGAAUCCGGAUGUGCUCCCAUCCAUUUCUAUCUUGAUGCUGUAUAUUCUUGCUCUUGGCUACAUGAUACCUCUUAUGCUAAACUUUGAUGCCUUGUUCACACAACAUGGUAGCCAAACUGUGUUCCUUGGAAGUGGAUGGCUUGAACUCAAUGAAGUAAUUGUAAGGGUAGUAACAAUGGUAGGUUUCUUGCUGCAAAUUCGUCUUCUGCAGAUAACAAUGUCAGCAAAAUCAGCAAAUGGAAACCAAAAGGAGCUCUGGGCAGUGGAGAAGCUGGCUCUCUUUGUGGCUUUACCAGUAUAUGUUGGAGGGUCCUUGGUUGCUUUGCUUCUGAUGAACUGGAGGAGGAACGAUAUUGCUGUGAUGGUUUCGAGUGGUCAAAAGCAUCCCAUUUUGGGUACUAUUUUGAAAUCUUGUGCUGGUUUGUUCUUGGAUGCAUUUUUGUUCCCUCAAAUUCUUCUCAACAUGUUCUCCAAAUCAACGGAAAAGGCAUUGUCAGUUUCGUUCUUCGUUGGAACAACUCUUGUUCGUGUGCUGCCACAUGCAUAUGAUCUUUACAGGGCUCAUACCUCUGGUCACCAAUUGAAAGAUUCAUACAUUUAUGCAAGCCCUGCAGCAGACUUUUACUCUACUGCUUGGAAUGUCAUUAUUCCUUUUGGAGGUCUACUUUUUGCUGUGAUAAUCUACUUGCAGCAGCGCUUUGGGGGUUGCUGCAUUCUUCCUCAGAAGUUCAGAGAGUUGGGUGAAUAUGACAAGGUGCCUAUCGUUACUCAAGCGUCUUAA